UGUAAAUCCCAUAUGCUUCACGACACAGGAGGGCGAGUCUCUGUACUUUGAUGCUGUUAUCCAGAUCCUGCAAACGAGUACCUCAGAUGUUUUGGGCUUGGAUUUUGUUUUCGUGUCUUAUUGAGGUUGUGGUAGCAACUGAGACCCACAAUACAUCCACCUCGUCCAUUGUCGUAGCUAAAUGGGAGUUUUAUGAAUAUUCCACCCAUUUCACGGUCAUGCUGUUUUUGCUUGUUAUGAUCCUCAUCAAAAUGGCGUACCGCGCGAUCCCACACUUUUCGGAAUUCAUCCCCGAAUCACUUCUACUUAUUGUGAUGGGCAUAAUCUUUGGUGCGAUUGUAAGAUUUGCAUUUCAACUAAACUCGCUGGAGGGCACCGUAUGGCAACUCACUCCCACGUUGUUUUUCACAUAUCUACUUCCACCGAUUGCACUGGAGUCUUCUUAUUCAUUGUACAACCGAAAAUUUAGCGAGUACCUGGGUGUGGUUCUCAUAUUUGCCGUCCUCGGCACCAUCUUCAAUUUCCUGAUCAUCGGAUUUGCUAUGUAUGGAUUACAAAAAGCAGGAGCGAUGGGAGACGCUGAGCAGUACUUUGAGUUGCGAACUUAUUUGCUCUUCAGUUCGCUUAUCGUUGCCGUGGAUCCAGUUGCUGUGUUGGCCAUUUUCCAGGAUAUUGGGGUCGAACUUGGGCUCUACUACGUGAUGUUUGGCGAGUCCCUCCUUAACGAUGCAAUCACAAUUGUUUUGUACAACAUCAUGUCUGCUUUCAUCGAUCAGAAGUCUGUGUCUUGGGAGGAAAUCGGUCUCGGCAUUGUUUCUUUUUUCACAGUUAGCUUUGGUGGUCUGUUAAUUGGUUUAUUGAUUGGUAUCAUUUCCUGCUUACUCACACGGAUCAGUAAUCAUUUAAGUGUGAUUAAUCUACUCUUGCUCGCUUAUUUCUCUUACCUAAUGGCUAACUGCGUCGGCUGGUCUGGCAUUAUUUCCAUCAUUGGGUGCGGUUUGCUACAAGCAGCGUAUGCGUUCCAUAAUUUAGAUCACAAAUCCAUCACGUUGGUGCAUAAACUGAGCAAAGUGGUUUCCGAGGUGAGUGAAUCUGUCGUCUUCCUCUUCAUUGGUAUUGAGGUGGUCAGUGACACUCUGCGAUGGCACACCGAAUUCAUUCUAUGGAGUAUGGCUGUGUGUUUGGUCGCUCGAACAGUGGUGAUUUUGGGUAUCACAGCAGUGAUCAAUGCAGUCCACAUAGGGGAGGAAAGCCUUUCUAUCACAAAUCAGAUUAUUCUCAUCUAUGGUGGGCUAAGAGGAGCAGUUGCUUUUUGCCUGGCUGUGUUGAUCAAAGACUCGACACUUGGAAGCCAAGGAGAAGCUAGUAGACGUAUUCUGAUUACCUCAACUCUCUUUAUCAUUUUGGUUACCGUGGGCAUUAUGGGCACCACUAUGAAACCGUUGGUAAAGGUACUGAAAAUUCGCAUGCAAAAGGCUCGUCAGCUCAGUUUGUUUUCUGUGCUAAAUGAUACCAUCUUGGAUGAGACACUAGUUGCAAUAGAAACAAUCGCUCAUCUUCGAGGGAGAAACGCGUUACGCGAAAUGUUUACUCGUCUGAACGAGAAAUACUUGCGACGAUUUUUGCAACGCGAACCUGAACGACAAGACGACAAGAUAAUCCACGUGUACAAAAAGAUUGCAAUGCAUCUGCACUUUGCCACGGUUGAUCCAGAACACAUGGAUGACUAUAUGAAAGAUGUUCCAGUUGGAUUGCGUAGAAAAUUUCUAGCAAUGAGUUCGGUGGAUUGGAGUACAGGAGAGAAGCCGAGUUGGUCAGAAUCAUUCCACAGGCGUCGCCGUAAAUACACAAGAGAAAGUACCGAUGGUCUGCAAAAAGGUGCAUCCACAGAGAUGCCUGGCGUGUGUGCCUCAGCGCUGGCCAAAUGCAUGUGUUCCAGUCGGAAGGUCGGAUUACUGCCGCACGAAAGACGACUGACAGAGUUUGAAGAAUCCUUGAGAAAUAUGCUACAAUUUCGAGGCAAAUUGCUCACAGAUCGAUACAAAUUAAAAUCACAUGGAGGUUCGCGGGACAGUUCGGACUCGCAAAUAUGCAUCUUGUAGCAGGUAAGAUAGAAGCGGAUAGUGAAAUACCAAUAAUGCUAGAAGUAUAACCUCUUGUGGAGCAUGAGGUGCAAGAAGUUUCAGUAGCACGCAUCUGUUUUCAUUGAGUGCCGGAAGGUUGCGCUCGUUCCGUUGGAUAUUUUCGGGAAACAUUCAGGUUUUUGAAAUGAACGAACUCAUAUUUAAUUCAUAAUUUACCGCCUUGACAUGUAAACAGUUACAUUUUAGUUUGAGAUGAUCCUAUUUAUUCCAAAUGCUGGUAACACUCUGGUAUCAAUUCCAUGAGUUUAUGUUUCCUGCCACUUCGACGUCCUUUUUACACCUGACCAAAUCCAAAUUUUGCCAAACAAGCUAAUACAAUGUCCAACACUACUUCUAAACAUCAUUCCAUUCAGGACAGCAUACUGUAUGAAACUUGUUCCUUCGCAUGUACGACACCGAAAUGCGGUCACUGAUCAUGUCACUCACUAUGGGUAGGAGGUAAGAGCUUUUCUAUCUCAUUGUAUCAGCGUAAUUUCUUGCGCUUCCACAUUGAUUUCACAUCCGCCGUUUGCAUAUAAUGCAGACUCCAUAAGGUACAUGGUCAUGUGGUUAUUGAUUGAUUGAUCAACCUGCUGGUUCCACAUUAUCCUUGCAUCUAUGUGGAUACUGUACACUAGUGUUGUUUAUGUUGUAACAACAAAUCCAAACAUGUAAUGAUGAACACAAAAUAAAGAGUUUCUCUUUGG